AUAUAACUGCCAACAACAACAUCCACAGCAGCAGCCACUCACAACAACAACAACUCCGCAGCAGCAACAACAACGCAAUUGUGAUAGACAAAGAAAUAGAUUAAGAAGGGGAAAAGGAAACAGCAAAAAGCCCAACAACCAAAUAAAAAAACAAAAACAAAAUGCAACAUAUUUAAAUUUUAGGCAUAUCGCGUGAGUUUUUUGAGCAGUUUUUGCACCGCUCUGAUUUUUUUUGAUACGCAACAAAAAGUGAUAAAGUAAAGAAAAAGUCAAAAGUAAUACGCUAAAAAAUAUAAAAAAGUAAGCGUUAUUGUAGGGAAAACGGAAAUAAUAAGGUGUCAAUAACACUGAACUAGUAAAAAGGCGCAGAAGGAAAAUAAGGAGAAUAUAAAACUGGACACGAACAGCUUUUGUUUUGUCGCUGCUGCUGAUACAGAACAAACAAACACACACACACACACAUACCACACACAGCUGAUGUAAAAUCAUUUGUAGCGUUCGUACUCGUGCUCGUGCUCGUGCUGUGUUUUCAAUUGAUUAAAAUCAAAACACAAGCUAAAAACAAAUACACGCACACGCACACAUAAACAAAAAAAAUACACUCACACAGACGGGCCAUAGUGUAAAUUGAUUAAAGAUUACAAGCUCCUCAACGCUAGGUGGCAGCACCACACAAAUAUACACAUGCGCAUGUAUGAAUUUAAUAAGCAUUAGCACUGCCAAAUAAAGAGAAGAAGAAGCAAAGUGUUGAAGGAGGUGGUAAAGUAUAAAGAGGAGGCGGUGGAGGAGGACGACCCCAUCAACAACAGCUGGAGCUUCAACAUAGACAGACAGCUGCCACAUGAUGUUGUACGUCUACCAUGUGGACGUCGGUCGCAUGCUGAGCUUCGAUAUGACCGUUGCUUUGUCUUCGGUAGAGAAUUUAAAGGAGACAAUUCAGCGCCUGCACCAGCUACCCGCUGCCAAUAUUGUUCUGCUGGUGAGCGGAGGCGAGAUGCUGACACACUCCACACAGGUUUCCUGCUAUUCCGCGGGCACCGAUACGAAUCCCAUUUUCAUGUUCCUCACCGGUGACGAGCGUGUGGGCCCAACGAUAGCCAGCGGUGGCUCAAGCGGAAACACAGCUAGUGCAGCGGCAGAUGCUGCCGAUGCGGAGCUACGUCGCCUGGUGGACGAGAGUCAGAAAUUGCCCGCAGUGCUGGAAACAGUCCGGCAGCGAGCGGCGCUGGCGCAGCAUAUGGGCGAGCUAGGCCGCAAGGAGGAGCUGCAGUGCGAGCGAUUGGUACAUGAGCAGCAUCUGCAGCAGCAAGGGUGGUCCGCGGUAGUAGCUAACAUGGAGGAUUUGACAAGUGAGUUCACUGAACGCUUCCACAACUUUUGCCUGGCUUUCGACCGACAUUUGCAGCAACGGGAAAGCUAUCUGGAGCUGUUGCGCAAUUUCAACGAAGAUCUCAAACAGCUGGCGAGGAUACCCAUACUGCCAGCGUUGAUGUCGCAGGCUCAGGCGGAUUUUCAUGGGUUUGAUGAGCUGCUCGACAAUGAGGAUGUAGAUGUAGAGAAACUAACGACGGAGACAGAUUUGGUUGAGCCUGGAACGAAAAGUGUAGAGAAAAGCAACAGCAGUACAUCGCCCAACAAGAAGUUGAAAAUGGGUCACGAGCAGGAUGAUCAAAGGGACGAGCAAUCCAACUCGAAUUCCAAGUCGCAGCAACAGCAACAACACCAGCUCAAUCUAUUGCAGUGGAUUAGCUCGAAGGGUAAUCACGCGGCACUACAGCAGAUGUGCGAUGAAUGCGUUCAGGGACUAGAAACCUUCUCCGUUGAAAUCUACGAGAAGCUUAAGACCGAGGUGAAGAAUAUUAUCAUGAUGGCCAAUCAGAGCGAUGUCAAGGAGAUCAAAGGAUUGAGUGAUCGGCUGUAUCGGCUCGACGAGUUUAAGUAUAAGAUUAAAAAGAUUGUCCAAGAUCAGAGGGAGCAAGCGACUGCUCUGCAACAGAAUGAGUCGCGUGCACUCAAUCUGCGCGACAAUUCGGUGUUGCCUGAUCUAUGCCUCUCACAUCGCUCUCAGCUGCUUGUGAUGCGCGAUAACCACAUUAAAAUUCGUGAAUAUAGUCGCCUAAUAGCCCACUCUAAGGAGGAGCUUGGUCGCAAUCUGAAUACGCGUCUGCGCCGCAUAGUCUACAUUGAAAAUGCGAUGAGUGAAUAUGAUAAUCGUUUGCUCUUCUACCAUCGUUGCCUACGCCGUGCUGAACGUCAUCUUAGCAUUAUUGAGCAGAUCCAUCGAGCGCCGAGCACUUAUGUUGCGGCUGUCACGGAGGUAGUGCGUCGCAAAAUCUUCUCGGAUGAGUUCCGCCUGUGGGCAUCGCGACUGUCGGCGGAUUUCGAUCGCAUUCAUAGUGAGGAGCUGCAAAGGCGGCGACUGUUCAACCAGAGUUUUGAUGGCCACUUUUUGAAUAUUCUUUUUCCGGGCAUGGCCGAUAUGCCGCCCACUUUUGCUAAUGACCAUCCGGAGCUGAGCUUUGAUACGCGUCUCCCGCAGCUGGGACGCUCCGAUAUUGAGCUCUUAUCAGUGCAGUUGCCCGAUCUGGCCAAUCAACUGCAGUUACCGAAUAUGGAGCCUGUUUUGCAGUUCUUUGUGCAGCGGCACGAAUUGAUGCAACCAGAGCAAAUGGCUCAUGAACAGCCUGAGCAGUUGGAGCUUGCUCCCGAAGUAGGUAAGCAAACUGUGAGCACCUCAACGAGCUUGCAUGUGGAGCAGAUAGAGCGUAGCACCACAACAGAGCCGCGACUGAUGCUGAGCACCAGCACGUUGACAGACGAUAAUGCCGUCAGUGUACAGCGGCUGCGAGAUGCACUGCAGGCUAUGUCCAAAUUGGCGUUACAGUGUCUAGCAAUGGCGCGCUCCAAUUUGAGUAGCCUUCGCAGUGAACUAGAGCGUGGAUACCAAGAUGAGCUGAUGUCGAGCCUGGCGCAGAUGCAGGAACAGUGGCAGCUGUUGUCCAUGAAGUGGAAGCAGCAAGAAAGCAAGCAGGCGGAAGAGCUGGAGCAAAUGCGUCAGCAGCUGUUAUCGGCGGAAGAAGAUAAAGUGAGAGCUGUGGCACAGGCACGCGAGCAGCUCAUACACGAGCACAAAACGGAGUUAGAAUCUUUGCGCUGCCGAUUCAAGCUGAUGACCUCGAUGGAGCGUUCACCAUCGGACAGCAGCCUUGAGAAGUUGGAGCGGCCGACGAGCAGUGCCAGCGUCGUCAGCCUGGAUGUAGAACAGCUAUUAGCGCAACAGCGCCAAGAUCUGAUUGCUCAAAGGGAGCGUGCCGUUAGUGAAGCUAUCGAAGCGGAGCGCGCGCUUUGGCAGCAGCGAGAGUUGCGAACUCAAAACUCAGAAUCUGUGAUGGCCAAUGUGUCUAUUUUGAAAGAUGUAUUAGAGGACAAGGAGCGGCAGUUGGACAUCUUACGAGAGCAGAACCGUCUGCUGACAGAGGAGAGUUACCAGUUAAAGACACGUCUCGAGAUGCUUACCAAUGAGGAUGGGAAUAGCUGGCUGAAGGAGAAGAUUGACUAUCUCAGUCGCGAUAAAUGUCGUCUCGAGGAGGAGCUUAACCUGGAGAAGAGCAAGCGCAUCGAAAUGGAGUCCAGUGUAGCUGCAUUGAGGAGCUCCACUUAUGAGUUGGGCGUUGCAGUCGUUGGCGGUACGUUGACGCGUUCGAAGUCAAGUGUUUCCUCGUCAUCGAGUCAUCGCUACAUUACUCUCGAGGGCUGCGCUAAGGGUGAUCUAGUGUUUGUUAUUUGGAGCAUACGACAUGCUCAGUUUAUGGUAGUGCAGGACUCACAAACCCUGUACUUUGUGCAUGCGGGUAGUUUGCCUGCUCUACAGCUGACGGCGCCAACGACGCAGGCAGCGCAACCUUUGUCGUUAGGUGCCGCCACCGCGGUUCCUUCGGCCCAAGAAGAGCCCAAUCACAUACCGCUACCAUAUUACGCAAUUGGGCGAGUUGUUGAUAAGGAAUACUGCCAGGCGCGAAAGGAUGAGAAUCGAUAUCGAGUCAGCAAGGGCUCCAAGUUUUAUCGCAUCAAGCUGGCACCUGUGUCCUCAAGAUAUCCGCACCGUUACGACCGUUUGGAAUCCACAGCUUCCGUUGGCGUCAUUAGCCGACCGCAAAUACCGUCGACAUCGCGGGAUGUGAUUGAUGUACCCGUCCCUGCGAAUAUUGCUGGCAGCAGCAUUUAUCAAAGCUUCAAAGAACGGACGGUGAGCAUCUCUAGCGUAAACGAGGAGGAAGAUGAGUCAGCCUCCUUGCUCAGUGAGCGCUGUCGAUACAUUAGCGUUAGCGAGGAGGAUGAAUUGUUGGCGGUUCCUACUUCUGCUGCUGAAGCAACAGUAGCUGGAACAGCAAUAACAACAGUAGCAGCAACAACAUCAACAGAAGCGGCAAUAAUAGCAUCGACGGCAACUCAAGCACAGUCUGUGAUAACAGAGCAGCCAACGGCGUCAAGAAAACUAAAGUUGGAUCUACUGUUGGCCUCUGCUGAUUUAUUAACACACUCUCUAACACCACAACAACACCCAACCCAACAAAACCAGAGUGAGGAAAAUCCAAAGGAAACAACACUGUCGGAGCAUGUAGCCACACAGCAUUCGGAUUUAAAUACUACCCAACUGACCGAUGAACCAGUUAAUUUAUAUGUUCCCCCAGCCACAGUUACAGCAGCAGCAACAACAACAACAGUUGAUGCUGUGUCUGCAGAAGUUAUUGUCUCUGUGGAGCCAUCAACAACGGGCACGGCCCACAUUAGUGAAGAUUCGGAUGAGUACCGUUCACUGGAGGGUAAGGACGACGCCGAUUUGUCCGUUUCCGAAUAGUGUAAGAUAUAUAUAUAUAUAUACAUACGUAUAUAUAUAUGAGUAUGACGUUCUUAUGUCUUAAAGUAGGCUAAACCUCUUACUAUUUAAAUAGACAACCAAUACCCUAAGCAAAUAAAGCCGACAACUAAAUACACAUACAGCACACAAAAAUAAAAAAUAUAUACUUAUAUAAUUUAACACUUACAAACUCUGCAUAAGACAAAAAUGCAAAAGGAAAAGCUAAAGUAAACGAAAAUAAACUACCGGCUAAAGUUCUAUUGUAGUUGUUUAUAUAGUCUAUACAUUUUAAUAAUAUGAUCUUAUAUUAAUGCUGUAAAUGAGUUCGAUAACAGUCCUUCAUAAAGACUCUCACAUACACACAAGUGCGAUUUUUAUUUUAAAUAAAAAUACAAAUAAUCAAAUGAAUUAAA